UGGGCCGGGGCUGCGCGGGGCGCCGGGGCUUCGGGAGCGGCUGGCAGGCCGCGCGGUUCCCAGCGGAGAGGCGCCGGCGCCAUGGGCCAGUGCGGCAUCACGUCGUCCAAGACCGUGCUGGUCUUCCUCAACCUCAUCUUCUGGGGUGCGGCUGGCAUCUUGUGCUACGUGGGAGCCUACGUCUUCAUCACCUACGACGACUACGACCACUUCUUUGAGGAUGUGUACACGCUCAUUCCCGCCGUGGUGAUCAUAGCAGUAGGAGCGCUGCUCUUCGUCAUCGGGCUCAUCGGCUGCUGUGCCACAAUCCGGGAGAGUCGCUGCGGACUCGCCACGUUUGUCAUCAUCCUGCUCUUGGUUUUUGUCACGGAAGUUGUGGUGGUGGUGUUGGGAUACGUUUACAGAGCAAAGGUGGAAAAUGAGGUGGACCGCAGCAUUCAGAAGGUGUACAAGACCUACAACGGCACCAACCCCGACGCCGCCAGCCGGGCUAUCGACUACGUCCAGAGACAGCUGCACUGCUGUGGGAUUCACAACUACUCAGACUGGGAAGACACAGACUGGUUCAAAGAAACCAAAAACCAGAGCGUGCCGCUGAGCUGCUGCAGGGAGACGGCCAGCAGCUGUAACGGCAGCCUGGCCCAGCCCGCCGACCUGUACGCCGAGGGGUGUGAGGCCCUGGUGGUGAAGAAGCUGCAGGAGAUCAUGAUGCACGUCAUCUGGGCGGCGCUGGCGUUCGCAGCCAUCCAGCUGCUGGGCAUGCUGUGUGCAUGUAUCGUGCUGUGCCGACGGAGCAGAGACCCUGCCUACGAGCUCCUCCUCACUGGCGGCACCUACGCAUAGUAGACAGCUCGGCCCAGGCGAGGUGGCCGUGGUGAUCGGAGGGGGAUUGCGCGGGUCAUCUGGUGGAGAGACGUGCCCUGGUGUGGGAUGGGGCGCUCGGCUUGGCACGUACCCACCUCCACCCGCCCUCCUGAGUCCCCCCUUGUUCUAGCUGACUCUCCACGCCCCUCGGUUUUAAGCACGGUGGUAAAUGUUCUAAUUUCAGAACUGUUUGCAAGUCACAUAGUACAGCAGAAUUAGAGGAGGGUGAGGGCCUGCUUCUGGAGCCUCUGAGCCGCGGUGGGGCAGGUGCUGGGGCGUCGCUGGGUCCUUUUGUUCUUCACAGUGGAGAACACUUGGCCAAAGGUUUGUGGGGGGAGGGGGAGGAAGCCAGCUGUCUGGUUAAAAUUCACACCGGUCAGUGCCCCUCACUGGUGUCCUUUUAAAAAAUAUAUUCUGUAGUCCAGUAAGAUAGCAGCUGUACAAAAUGGCUAUCGUAGAUGUUAGGGUCAUACAGUGUGUACCUUGGUUCACCGCCAGCGUCAGAGACUGACCUGAGAGCAGUGGUUUCCAUCAGCGCUGGCCUGGCGGGGCCCGGUGCGCACCGCUGUGCCCAAGGACUAGUGGGAUGUGAGCUCAACUCGCCAGAGAGAACACACCGUGUAGACCAGCAGAGUAGGAUGUAGAUGUGCUCCUGGUUGUACAUAGGAAACUAACCCAAUAAACUCCGUGUCAGCCCUCA